AUGCAACCCGCUAAGGGGGGAGGGGAGGGCAAGCGUCUCACCAUCCCUCGCGGCUUCACCGCAUCUGCCAUUGUCCGCCCAAUCGAUGGCCGAGCAAUCUUCGCCCUUGGCAAAGCCUGGCAUCCCGAACAUUUGACCUGCACCAAGUGCGACAGCAUCCUGAGCGGUGAGCGAUUCUAUGCGGAAUCGGGCCUGCUCUACUGUCGUGCCCACUUUGGUCAGCAGACCGCAGAGAUCUGUCAUGUCUGUCGGGAACCACUGUUCGAAGCAUCAAUCCAGUGGGCGAAUAAGGUCUUCUGUCCUGACCACUUUCGCUGCGAUCUUUGUGCUAAACAUCUGAAGGCCAAGUAA